AUGUUCUUUGUAUUAUGGUUAAUUUUGCCACAAACACAGGGCGCCAUUCGCUUAUAUGAUUCAAUAGUGAGUCCAACUUUUACAGAUCAUGAAGAAGAAAUUGAUUCAGCAUUAUGGACCGCACGGGAACAGGCAAAAACCACCGGCGUGAAUUGGGCUAGAAGAGGAAUGCGAGCAUUACAACAGGCAUGGAUAGAGGGAUAUCAAAAGGGAAUGAAUAGACUGGGCGAUGGAAAUAGAUUACAAUCCGGUGAAUCAAGUUCAACUUCUGCAUAUUACAUAGAAAAACGUAACAGUAAUGUCAAUAACAAUAAUAAUUUAAGUGAAGCAAAUGAUCAAAGUCCAGGAUUAAAUGGGUAUUUACAACAAGGGCGUGCAAUACCAUACAAUCUAAUAUCAUUUUUUUAUCCUUCAGCAUUCUCGUCUUUACAACAAUUAAAUGACUCAAACAACCAUGAGCCGUCAUCCCCCACAAUAUAUUCAGCACAUCCGGUAAGCACGAUACUGCCUGAUGAUGUAUUCGACGCGCCGAUCAGUGAGCAACAAGCAUACCUACAAGAACAGCGUAAGCAAUUGGUAAUGAUGCUACAAAAUCUUGAGCAGGUUCAACGAGAAAUACAACAACGAGAAGUUCAAGAACGCGCUAAUUGGCCAUCGUCAUCACCACCAUCGUCCUCUGCAAUACCACCAUCUUCUGCGACACCGCCACCAACAUCUACUUUUUACUCGAACGCGUCUUCAACACGAAUUUCCACCUCAGAUUUGAAUGGGGAAGGAAGAGUCAAUACUCGACGACGCCAAAUUAAGGUAAAUAAUAACCGUGAUAGAAGCACACCUCUACAUUAUGACGUUGCUGAAGAUGGCGAACGAGAUUUUGAAAGUGUGGAGCGCGAGAAUGAGAACGCGGAUGCCUACGGCUCCUCUACUAAUGAUAGAUUCUUACAAGAACAAGAAUUUCGAAGGCAACAAACUCAAGCUAUCGGGCUUACUAGUUUUUUGACUGGUUAUUUUUCAAGGGCUUCUGCAUCGUCAUCUACUUAA